AUGAUUCUCGAUGGCCCCCCUAGGCCGACCCUGGUUCGCUACGGACCCUGCAUCGAAAUAGCAAUUGACUCUCCUGAGGCAGCGGCACUUCUUUCCGAGGGAUGCAACACAGAUUCCCGAGACGCCCAGGCAGUUAUCGAGCGCGUCCGCAGGGAUGCGCAAGGUUCAAGAAUCUCCGUUGAGGCCGUUCUCGAUGCUCUGUUUCCUCCUAUCAUAUGGCGGGAAGGCGAUCGUCUGUUCGUGCAGGCACGUCUCUGUGCUGUGUAA